CUUUCAACAAUAGUUCAUCGAUUACAUCCGUUGUGCCAUCUCUAUUAGCCGCUCUGAACCCGCCACAAUUUUGUUUUGUUUGUUUUUUUGUGAUAUUGUCCUGUUGAAUAGCCUUAAAAUAUGUAUCGAAAACAAAGGAAACGACCCCAGAGGGCCCUCAAUCCAAUUGAUGAGAACACCACAAUCAAGAUACCCCGCAAGGGCGACAACACUACGAAUAUCUCUCUGGAAUCCAAUUCUGGAGAAAGCGAAGAGAAUAUCCCUCAAUCACAGGAGCACACGCAGCGGUUUCUUUCGCAGCAUAGCGUCAUUCUGGCCGCAACUUUGGGUCGCACUCAGUCCUCCGGCAAACUCCCUUUGUCCCUCUCCCGGCAGCCAAACAACUUCUUUGAGCUUGUUCUUACUCGAGCGGGUGUCCAGCUGGACCAUGGUGAAAGUCUGAUCCUGGCCUGUGACCACGUCACAAUUGUGGCUAAGCUACGGGAAAUAUUCUUGACUGCAACGUCCUAUUCCGACAAAUUGGAAACCUUUAAAACUGGACUGAAAGCAGCUUUGGCGCCAAGGUCGAAACUGGUGCAGAAACUCCUCUCUGGCUGCACUGUAGAUGCUGCUGGAGAGGAGCAGAUCUACCAGUCACAGAACAGCAUGUUUAUGAACUUCCUAAUGAUAGACUUUCUACGGGAGCCCUGCCUGGAAGUGCUCCUGAACCAAGUCGAGGAGGUGGCAACGGCGGAUAGAGUUGUCACCGGGAAAGCUGCCAUUUCGUUACCCCUAUUGCCGCUAAUGCUGUCUCAGUUGCGGUACCUUACUGCUUCGCACAAGGUGGAGAUCUAUCCUCGCAUCGAGGGCAUCUUUAACAGGGCCACGGCCUCGGCCAAGCUGGACAUUAUUGCGAAUGCUGAACUGGUGCUGGAUGCCAGCAAGCACGACGAAUUUGUUAAUCUUCUAAUAAUUACGUAUUCAAGUACAGUGGAACUCUUUCACAUGACUACUCUGCACACUCUUGGUAACCUAUCGCUUUCUGAAAGCCUACAGACAAAGUUACGCAGGCGUAUUUUUGAAUAUGCCACAAGUGGCGACUGCUCCGAUACGACCUUGUCACAUCUUGUUAAACUUUUGUUGAACAGUUUAAAGUUAGACACAGAUGAAAGUGUGCGAGAGUUGGUCAACACGCUUCGGGAUAUAUUUAAUUGGAGACACAUGAAUUAUAAAGAAAAUAGCUCUCCAUUGGUAAAUGAUAAAAAGUCACAACUAGAACUGUUCGGCUUUGUGGAACUUGGGCUAAUCCGAUCUAAGAAGUUUUAUCAAAUGUGGCAGAAAACUAUUGCUGGCUUGCCUGCCGACCACUUUAGCUCUUUGGAUCUGAUCGUGCUAUUAUUGUUGAUACACGUUAAUGAAGACCAUUCAUUGUAUAUAGAAAAUAUUAUUCGUCGGCGAGUUAAGAUCGAGCACAUCACAGUGAACAUUUUGGAGGAGGUAAAAUUUCACUACUCCCAUGUUUUGGAGCAGCACAUAAGCACUCUAAUGAAUAUCCUGCACGACUUUAUGCGGGAGAAGAACAAAAUUGUUUCUGACUUUGCCAAGUCUUCUUACAGUAUAUUGUUUAAGAUCUUUAGCUCUAUUCAAAAGAAUAUUUUGAAAAAGCUACUAGAACUUACAUGCGACAAGUCAUCACAACACCUUACGACCAUGGCACUGGAGCUGCUUCGCGAGUUGCAGCGAAAGAGCACUAAAGAUGUUCAAAACUGUGCUCCACUUCUGCUUCCAAUGCUUGACCGGCUCAGUGAUUUCACUCUAACGCAGACCCGAUUGGCCAUGGACCUGCUCUGCCAUGUAGCCUUUCCAGAUCCUAAACAAUCGGGAUGCCUGCAGCUUCAGGAGCAAAUCGAUAUGAUAGUAAAGAAGCAACUGAUUAACUCAACUGAUCGCGUUAAGAAGCAGGGCAUCAUAGGAUGUGUCCAACUUAUCGAUGCAAUGGCUCGAAUCGAGGAGGAAUCUAUGGAUGAUAACGAUUCCCUUGCGAGUGUGGAUAAUGUGGAUGCAUUGCCUGCAGGACGAGUCAAAGUGGCUGCCAACUUUAUAACUAGAACUGAGGCUUCAAUUGGAAAUUGUCCCGAGUCUUUAGCCCUUUUCUACGAAGAGCUUGCAACUGUUUUUAGUCUUCGAUUCGAUGGAAGUUUCGCCUGUGACUUGGACAAGCAAUUCAUUGCUUGGGCCUGUGAUGUGAUGACGUUUCGUUUUCAGGCCAGCUUUGUCACAGGAGACCAUGCAGAGGCGAUUAAGGGCAUUCAACUGGAUUAUCAGUUGAACAUCAACGAACUUGACGAAAAGAACGCUGAAUCUGAAUCGGAAGUCCUCAGUAUUGGCAUAAAUAUAUCCAAACUGGUUUUGUCGCCCAACUCGAAAGCAUACGACUCCGUUCAUGUCCUGGCUCCUUUGUUCAAUUUUGUGAAAGUACUGACAAAUCGUCGGCAUCAUUACAGCUUAGAGCACAUUAAUGCCUUGCUGGGCUGUGCUAUUGUACUGCCUUCUUUCUUCAAGGACGAAAACUAUCUGGCCAUUUUUGACAACUUUGACGGGGAUCAGCAGACAGAUAUAUUGAACAUAUACUUUCAUACGGUGAACUGGAUUCGAGUGACAAUCAGUGCCUUUUCAUCGCAGCGCGAAGAAGCCACUCGACGGCGGGUUCUUCUGCGCCUCUUUGAACUGAUCCAAAUCGAGCAGAGGAUCAAGCCUCUUUUGGCACGAGCGCCAUCCGACUAUAGGGCUCCAUCCUACCAGUUUCUUACCAACGCAAAGCAACCUGUUACUCACCAGAAGCGACAAGUGGGAAAGACUGGAGCCAAAGCUAACUCGACUGCCAUCGAUCCGGACGCUACUGUAAACCAAACUACCAUCGCGGACUAUACAAUCAAAGUGGCUGCCUGCAAGACCGUCAAAACCAAGAUUGACUUCGAACAAAUGUAUGGACCGAAGGAACGAUUCAGACCCAUGGAAGUGGGCAUCAUUAUGUUGUUGGUGGAGCAAAAGUUUAUUUUAAAUUACCCACUUGAAGAUGAGCAAGUGGGCGAGUUUUUGGGACUUUCAGAACUGCGCUUUCUUCUGGAGGACAUUGUGCAGAAACUGGAAGCUGCAGUCAAGGGUCAGCAGGACCCCACGGACACGGACAGUCUUAGACCUCAUCUGGCUAAGCCAGAGGAUUUUAUUUAUGACUUACUGCCGUGCCUGCUAGAGGUUAAUAAUCACCUCAAGACUCUGGCAGAUUCAAUUGACGAAGAGCUUACAAAAGUGGGCCACGUCUACAGCAAUCUGGAUUUGUUCAAGGAUAGGUUCAAUUACAUAAAAACUUGUUUCGGGCUGUGCAUCCGUCUGUUUGCUCUUUACUUUUCCUGGAACGAAUGGACCGACAAGUCCCAAGCUAAACGGCUUCAUAAAUUAUUGUUGAAGCUACAACCCCAAGAUCAGCAGAAAAGAUGUGAAAAGAAAACUAUUGCACAGUUGGCUACACUGACUUUCGAAUACUUUAUAAAGUAUGAGAAGUCGGUAUUAAAUCUUAGUACGGCAGUUCAGCUACAUCGAUUGCUGUGCAGUUUGUUGAAAGUUCGAAGUAUGCAGGACCCGGCUAGGCAGCCUAGACUCGAACAGGCCGAAGAGACGAGACUACUGUGUGACAAGUUCCUGCGACGUAAAUGGUUCCAUUUUUCUGGCACUUUGGAUAAGGGUGCACAGUGUAAUAUAUAUUUGGACGAAAUAAUCAAAGGAUUCUUUAAAAACUCCACCUUUAAACGGCAAAAUGAGCUCCUUUGUGAGCUGAUUAAAGAAUGCAAUAUUCUCAACACAAAGGACAAAGCUCUGAAUUCAUUUCCUAAUUUUAAAAAGGCUAACUUUCCAUUGCUGUUUCGUGGCCUCUGCGAAGUGUUAAUCCACUCGCUUAGUGCUCAAGUCAGCGUUAGAAGCGAAGGAGAUCGCCUCAAGUUGUGGGAGUCCACGGUGAAUCUGCUUAAUGGUUUGCUGAGAAUUGUACAGCUGGUAGAGCAGCCACGAAACUUUGGACUGUUUAUUAAACAUUCACAACUAUUCCUGAAGCUUUUGCUCCAACAUGGUAUGACCGUGCUUGAGUCUAUUGUGCGGGAAGAUCCAGAAAGGCUAACCAAGUUCCUACAUGAGCUGCAAAAAGUCACUAGGUUCUUGCAUCAACUGUGCUGUCAUUCCAAGUUUAUAAAAAACACAGCCAUUAUCAGUUAUAUUCCUUCUCUCCGAGAGACAAUAGAAACGCUAGUCUUCCGGGUGAAGGCACUACUGGCUGCCAACAACUGCCACUCCGCCUUCCAUAUGGGAAAUAUGGUUAAUAAGGACCUGCACGGCGACUCCAUAAUUACGCCAGUUGGCUCUUUCGUUGGCGACCAGAAUAGCGACGAGGAAAUACCUGAGGAUGAUGCCAGCGUGGAUGAGACUGUCUUGAGCGAUGAAAUAACAGCGGUUAGCGUCGGGGCAAGGCCCAGUGAUGAUAGACGGAGCAAAUCAUCCUCACGCAGCAAAUGUUUCUAAAUACUCUGAGAAUUUCCCCUGAAAUAUACAUUUCCUAUGCGACAAAAAAGCCAAAGUGUUUUAUUAAACCUAUGAUUGAGCAGAAGACAGUGUUUGCAUUCUUUAUUUAUUUCAUUUUUUUAUUAUCUGGAUGCAAUUUUAUUUAAUUUUCGUAUUACAAAUAAUAACAAAUGUAUGUAUAUCAAAUAUUUUAGUACAAUAUGCUUCUUCUCUCACUUUUAUUUUCUUCGUUAACAAUAAUUGUUUAUUAAGACGUAAAAGUUGUUCUCUCCUCCCUCACAUUCGGCCUUCUACGAUGAAUUCUGAUUGAUUUAUUAUUUAAUUUCCAUUUGUUAUUUUUAUUUUGUAAUAAUUGGCGACGUUACGUUCACGGUUUAUGAAUCCCUCUCAUACGUGUGGUAUGUAUGCAAAUGUUUUCAUUAUCAAUAGGUAGUUAUAAAAUUGUUCUUUUUUUUUAAAUGAAUCAAUUAUAAAAUGAUUAAAUAUAAUUAAAAGCAAAGAAAACACACACAAACUAUAAAUUUAAUAGUAAAAAAUAAAAGUGUUUCAAGCAAAGAUAAGUCUAACGUGUGUGCAUGUCUGAAACAGAUAUUGUCCUUGGUACAAAACGUGGUUUAUACUUUUUUAAUAUUUUUGUUGUAAACAAAAGAAAAAAUCUUGGAGAAAGUUUCCAAGGCGCCUAGGUCCUUGCAUCCACUGCCAUUGUCCUGCAUCUUUCUUUACAAACAGUUGCGCUUGCCGAUCUUAAGCCGAUUCUUGAAAUAUACAUGGUUUUUGGAUUUGGAUUGCUGAAAAGGUUUCAAGAAGUAAAUUUGGAAUAGGUCGAAUUGGUUUGUAUAUUUCAAUUUACAAUGCGAUCGUGUUUUGAUUUAUUAAUUUUUAUUCUUUUCUUUAUUUGCCAAUUUUUCAAAACUUAAAACAUUUUACACAAAUUAAUUUUAAAAAUUUUUAAUACGUACGCAGUCUGUUUAAAAGUAAAGUUAGAUUAUACACUCCUACGCCUACAUAUACAUUAUAUACUCAUAUAUAUAUAUUUAUAAAGAAAGAUAUAUAUAUUUAUUGUAUAUAUAGAUUUAGUAAUUAUGAUUAAAUCUUGCCUUUGCAUCAUCACAAUUCAUGUAAAGUUUUUCAUUUUUUUCGCUCAGUUUCCAUGCGCAGUUUGCAAUUUGGUUGUCCACUUUGCUUUCUUUCUUUCAUGAUACUUCUGACUUAAUUUUGUAGAUUUUUUUCUGUUUUUGUUGUUUGUUGUUAAAUUAAAUUAUUGUGUUGCUUUUGUUUUCUUGUUUCAAAAUUGUUCAAAUUUACACACGUAUACAGUUAUCGUUAUUGUUAUUAGAUCAAAGUUCAAUUUUGCUUGCGCUCCUCUUCACAGAUACACAAAAAUUGUAAACCAAUUAAACAGCUAAACAAAUUAGUACGUUAAGUAUUUAACAUUAAUGCUUUAUGUUAGAUCGUAAAAAUAUUUUGCUAAAAAUUAAUAUUCAUAGUUUAAUAUAUAUAUAUAACAUACUAUUGAAAACUUAAGCGCACAAACAAAACUAAAUAUUCAAAUUAAAAACUAAUUUUGCCAAACGUUUUUGCUUUCCCGAAAAUAUUAAAACAAAAAUUACAAUUACAAUAUUUAACACAAUUAGGGGGUAGAUAGGUAGGGGAUUUUGGUUUUUGAGAGGCGGGUAUUGGAUCUCAAGAAAAAUUUUUAGGGCUUCCAAAAAAAAAUCAUAAUCAUUUCGAAAGUAACGGCACAUAGUUUUGUAAAAAAUUUCGAUAUCUUAGUUUUUGAAACGACCAAAUCGAUAAACUUUAACGGAUUGUGUAACAGCUUUCCAAUUGGUUUAUAGAUUUAGUUUAGUUUUUAGUUUACAAUAGAAAAAACACAUUAACAAUAAAAACUUACAAAUUAAAUUACAAAUUUAAAACAAUAUAAAAUCAGUACAGUUAUCGAAUUAAACAAAUCGUUAAAAUUAAUUAUAUUUAUAUAUUUGCAAUUUUAAUUGGGUUCAAAGGUAUUAAGUCACCAAAUAUGUGGAAAUUUCUAAGGCAAAAAAAUCAAAAAUUUUGCAUGCAAAAAGACGCGGCGUUAAAGAAUUUCAAUUACUUCAAUUCACUUCCUUAUAAAAUUAAUUAAUUUGUUGUGUUUGUGUGUGUUUAAAGAAAAAAAAAAUGAUAAAAGUUUACAAUUACAUAUUUCUCCCUUUUCUUUUUCGAAGGCAACAAUCGGUUGCGUGAAAUGCUCUCAAUAAGAAACGUAAAAUAUUCAAGAAAAACUCACGAGGGAACUUAUCAAAAAAUUAAAUACAAAAAAAAUGGGUAAAUAUUUUAGCAAUUUUUCUUCGUUUGUUGUUGUUUGUUAUAUUGUAGUUAGAAAAUGGCGCACACUCCUCUCAUCCUCUACAACGACAGUUUACUUUACUUUAAUAAUUAUGUGUAUAUGUUUGUGUGAGUGUAUGUGAGUGUUACUAAAUUUAAGCUUAACUAUGGUCAUUUAGAAUUUGUUGUAUAUAUUCUCUUAUUGUUUGUAGCUAAUAUAUUAUGUAUUUAAAGUUCUUUGCUGGUUUGCAAAUUUUGCGCAAGUUUUAAUGUUAUUUUUAAUUUUUUUUUUUCUUUUACUUUAGGCAACUGCUUGGUGUGUGUGUGUGUGUCUGUUUAUGUGUAUUUUUAAAUUUAAAAAAAGUUAUUGUUUUUAGGCUUAUGCU